AUGAGGGGCCCCUCUGCAGGGGCCCCCAAGACCCUAGAGCGGCAUAGGGGGUACUCGCAGCAGCACGGCAGCAGGCGGGACAGAGCAGCAGCAGCAGCAGCAGCAGCAGCAGCAGCAGCAGCAGGCAGAGGCCUGCAUCAGCAUAGGAGAGACAGGAGACAGUCAACUGCAUCGGGGUUUCCUGCUGCUGCUGCUGCAGCAGCAGCAGCAGCAGCAGCAGCACCGCAGCAGCUGCAGCGCAGCAACUCCGAAGAAUUUUUUUUUGGGCUUGGCAGCACUGCUGCUGUCUUUGGUCCCGCCCCUCCAGCAGCAGCAGAAUUUUUUUUUGGGCUUGGCAGCACUGCUGCUGUCUUUGGUCCCGCCCCUCCAGCAGCAGCAGCAGCAACAGAAGCAACAGCAGCAGCAGCAGCAGCAGCUGCUGCUGCUGCUGCAGCAGCAGCAGCAAACAACCGAACAAAACUUAAAAAAGAAUUGAUGAGGGUCAGAGACAAACAGGAAAAAAUAAGGGCGGAGAGAAAAGCACUUAUGAAGGCGGAUGCGCAACGCCGUGCUGCUGCUGCUGCUGCUGCUGCUGCUGCUGCUGCUGCUCCUGCUGCUGCUGCUGGUGCUGCUGCAUUGCAAAGGAGAGAAGCAGCAGCAGCAGCAGCAGCAGCAGCAGCAGCAACUCGAAAGGUGCAGCAGCAACAGCAAACGCAACCAGGGGAUUAUCAACACCCCCCACAACACCAACAGCAGCAGCAGCAACAGCAGCAGCAGCAGCAGCAGCGGCGGCAGCAGCGGCUGCUGCUGCAGCAAGAGCCAUGCGUUGCUGCUUGCUGCAGUGGAAAGUGUAAUGCAACAGAAGAUAGCUGCAGCAGCAAAUGCAGAGAUCGUCCCCUGCAGCAGCAGCAGCAGCAGCAACUGCAGCAGCAGCAGCAGCAGCAGCAGCAGCAAGAUGACCUUGGUGCCUCUGUCAGCAGCAGCGAGAGGCUUACAGAUGUCUCCUCUGCUGCUGCUGCUGCUGCUGAUGCUGCUGCUGCUGCACCUUUAUCUGCUGCUGCUGCUGCUGCUAUGGAUGUCCCCGUAUGCCCCCCAGACUGCUGUUCAAAAGGCAGCAGCAGCAGCAGCAGCAACAGCAGCAACAGCAGCAACAGCAGCAGCUGUGCUGCUGCACGGUCCUCAGCAGCACAGAGAGACAGAGAAGAGACAGAGGAGACAGAAGAGACAGAAAAGGAGACAGGGAGAUAUGCAGCCCCGCAACUGCAUGCAUGCGAGCCCAUGCAGCAGGAGCAGCAGCAGCAGCAGCAGCAGCAGCAGCAGCAGCAGGGGGAGACAAACUCCAGCGAGGUUGUGGCGCAGCUGCGGCGGGCUGUCUCCGCAUGCAGCUGCACAGCAGCAGAACGGCAGCAACUGCAGCAGCUGCUGCAGCACCUAGAGAGUAUACAAGAGCAGCAGCAGCAGCCGUACCAGCAGCAGCAGCAGCAACAGCAGCAGCAGCAGCAGCAGCAAGAAGCAGAAGUAUGCACAUGUACUUCGUCGCAUGCAUCUCUUCUUUCUCUCUCCUUAAAAGGAGACAGGAGACAGGGGGCCCCCUGGGGUCCCCCCCAGGGCCCCCAAGCAGCAGCUGGGGGCCCCCAGGGGACGCUGCAGCAGCAGCACCGCAGCUGUGCUGCUGCUACUGCAGGCAGCAGCAGCAGCAGCAGCUGCAGCAGCAGCAGCAGCAGCAUUGUAUCCCCCUUGGAGCACCUGCUGCUGCGCGCUGCUGCAGUGCUGCUGCAGCGGCAGUUGCGGGGCCCACCGGUGGAGCAGCCUCAUUCUAUCACAGCAGCAGCAGCAGCUGCUGCUGCUGCAGGAGCACCUGCAGCAGCUGCUGCAGCAACAGCUACAGCAGCAGCUGCUGCAUGCGCUGCUGCUACUGUCUUCAGGGCCCCCAGUGCCCUGCCGCUCUCUGUCAACCAGAAGAGAUGUACUGCGCAUGCAGCAGCAGCAAGACACAGCAGCAGCAGCAGCAGCAGCAGCAGCAGCAGCAGCAGCUUCUCUCUGAUGCAGACAGCUGCAGCCACCUAUAUGGGGGCACCUUGCUGCCGCUCCUGCAGCAGCAGCAGCAGCAGCAACUGCUCGGCAGCAAACACUGCCCGCGAAGCAGCAGCAGAUGGGGGCCCCCCAGACCCAUCAGGGGGCCCCUUGCUGCUUGGGGAGAUGCAGCAGCAGCAGCAGCAGCAACAGCAGCAGCAGCAGCAGCAGCAGCAGCAGCCACGACUACCACACCGCAGCAGCGUGCUGCAGCGCGAAGAUAUGAGAGAGCUGCUGAGGGGCCGAGGCCCCCCCUACCCAGCAGCAAAAGCAUGGAGAGGCAGCAACAGCUGCUGCAGCAGCAACAGCUGCAGCAGCUACAGCAGCAGCAGCAGCAGCAGCAGCAGCAGCAGCAGCAGCACGCAUGUGGUUGGGUCACUGGGGCAACGCAUCGAGGCCAUUGCAGCACCCGUUAAAGAACUGCUGGCGAAGGACAGAAAGCAACAGCAGCAGCAACUGCCGCAGCAGCAGCAGCAGCAGCAGCAGCAGCAGCAAGGGUUAACAGUUUUUGUUUCUCCGCCUUCAGGAAGCUACGCCAAGCAGAAAGAGGCAGCAGCAGCAGCAGCAGCAGCAGCAGCACCUUCUGCUGCUGCUGCUGCUGCUUCGAGCACGUGUGUGCCCAGUCGCUGGGGGAGAAGCCGUAGCAGCAGCAGCAGCAGCAGCAGCAGCAGCACGAGCAGCAGCAGCAGCAACAGCAGCAACUGUGGAGAGGCCUCACUUACCCCAAGCAGCAGCUGCAGCAACGACCGCAGCAGCAGCAGCAACAGCAGCAGCAGCAGCAGCAGCAGCAGCAGCAGCAGCAGCAGCGCCCCAGCCGCUCAACGCAGCAGCACCAACGGCCACGCGGGGUGCCUGCUCUGCCUCUGA